GGUACUUCUCUGGUUGUUCACCUUCAGCGGCGCGGCCGGCGCGGCUGCUGUAGCAGGUAGUAGAUAGAGGCAACGUCGCCAGCAUCGGUCGCUAGCGUUUCAACUCGCUAGCGCGGUACGUACUUACCUGUUGCGGCUGGCUUGCCCGUGUGUGUUUCUGUACGUGUCUGUCGUUCAACGGCUGAAUUUUGAGUAGUGUACUGUGUCCGCGGGUGUUUCGGCGCUCAUGAUGGUCUUGACGUCCCGAGUGUGCCGGCCACCGGCGUGGGACAGCACGCUCGCGAUACAGAAGGUCGGGCUCUCCGGCAUGUCUCGCAGAUUGGCUGAGGCAAAGAAGGAAGAAGGGAAUGAACUGUACAAACAAAAGAAAUAUGAAGAUGCCAUCAAACUGUAUACAGAAGCUAUCGAACUGGACGGAAGCAACGUGGCCUACUACACAAACCGGGCAGCAUGUCUCAUGAUGCUGGGCCAGUACCAGACAGCACUGGAAGAUUGUCGGCAGGCAUCGCGGCUGGACCCCGGCAAUGCCAAGGGCCACCUGCGGGAAGCCAAGUGCCACCUGGCGCUGGGGGACCCCACAGCGGCCAUGCGCAGCGUGCAGCGCCUCAAGGAACUCGAGCCGGCCAACGUGGCACUGCCACGCGAGCUAAAGACCAUCGAGAUCCUGCAGCACUUCCUCACCGAAGGAGACAAGGCCUACGAGAACCAGGAUUACGCCAAGGUGAUCUACUGCAUGGAUCGUGCACUGCAGCAAGCCCCCGGCUGCACAAAAGUCAAGCUCCUGAAGGCAGAGUCUCUUGCACUCCUCAAGAAGAUCCCAGAGGCACGCCUAAUAGCAAACGAAAUCAUGUGCUCAGAACCAACGAAUGCAGACGCAAUGUAUGUGCGAGGCCUCUGCUUCUACUAUGAGGAUAACAUUGAGAAGGCCCUGCAACACUUUCAGCAUGUGCUGAGACUGGCCCCCGAUCACUCCAAAGCAGUAUCGGCAUACAGAAAAGCCCGCAUGCUCAAGGCCAAGAAAGAUGAGGGCAAUGAAGCCUUCAAUGCUGGCAACUACCAAGAGGCUUACAACAUCUACACCAGUGCUCUUGGCGUAGACCCUGGCAACCGGUUGGCCAACUCUAAGCUCUAUUUCAACCGGGCAACAGUUUGCUCAAAGAUCAACCAGCUCAACCAAGCAGUUGAAGACUGCACUACCGCCAUCAGCUUGAACGAAAAUUACAUGAAGGCUCACCUACGACGAGCGAAAAGCUACAUGGACUUGGAAAUGUAUGAAGAGGCUGUUCGGGAUUACGAGCGCAUCUGGCGGAAAGAUCGCACUAGAGAAAACAAGAGGCUGUUGGACCAGGCGAAAUUGGAACUCAAAAAGAGCAAGCGCAAGGAUUACUACAAAGUGUUGGGGAUUCCCAAAGAUGCCACAGUUGACGAUAUUAAGAAAGCUUACCGAAAGCGUGCACUCCUACAUCAUCCUGAUCGUCACUCCAGUGCUCCUGAAGACAUCAAACGGGAGCAAGAAAAGAAAUUCAAAGAGCUUGGAGAAGCCUACAAUAUUCUCUCGGACCCAAAGAAGCGUGUUCGCUACGACGAAGGCAGGGACCUAGACGACAUGGAUGGCCUUUCUUCUGAAACAAACCCCCACAUGUUCCAGACAUUCUUUGAGAGUGCCCCUGGAUUUUUCUCCACGAGUGGUGGCUCAUUCCAGCAUGGCCAAGGGUUUGGCUUUCCAGGAGGCUUCAGCUUUCAGUUUGGAUAAAGGCAACAGAACCAAGAAACUGUGUUUUUCUGUUAUAUUUUUCCCUCGAGGAUACUGUCUGUCUUCAUCUUUCGAGCCUGCCCACCUCUCCCCAGUCAUGUGUCUGUGGUAUGGCAAGUUGUAAAAUUGAAUUGGAGUUGUAACUUUUUGUGAGAGAACUCAUCCAAAUCAUGAAAGUAAGUGCCCUUGCAUGCCAAGCCGAUUCCAAGAAAGUGUAUUCAGAUUUGCUGGAAUUGUUUUGCAUCUUGCUGUGUCAAUGUGUUCUCAUGAUGUUCAUAGAUAUCAUACAUGUUAAUUAAAAUGCAGCCAGUGUGAAAUAAAUGAUUGUUUUCUUUGGAAUUGCAA